GCAACCACCAACACAAUGUUGACAAUUAAGAUCAACACUAACACCACCAACCCCGCAGCAACUCCUCCAGCCACAAUGGGUACAAUGUCCGCACCAGCAGCUGAUGGAGAGACGUCACUGUUACUAGUCAACUCUAUCACAAUAUGGUCUCCGGAUUCUGGUAACCGGGGAGACACACCUUGAUACCAUUAGUGUCACAGGUGAAGUGUCCAGUGGAGUCGUUUCUUGAGAUGGGGUGAAAACCAUAUCUCCUAGAGGACAGAUGGCGGUGUUGGUGUCAUCCACUGGAUGCUGAGCCUCUCGGAAACAGAGGGUGAUACGAUUAUCACAAAUGGGACAAGAGGUACCUCCAGGAGUAGGCGUGCAACAACUGUCAUCAGCUAGUGUGUUAUUAUACGAAACACCCCUAGUUGAUGCUCCCUCUCUGUAGCUCUCUCUACUGUACUGUGAGCUGAGAAAUGCGUGGAAAUGGCUACACCAAGCCCAGAAGAGUUUGAGGUGCAGGGCAAGGUAGCCCUAGUGACUGGGGCAGCCUCUGGGAUAGGCUUCUCUAUCACAAGAUGCCUACUGAAGAAAGGAGCCAAGGUGAGCAUGCUGGACAUUAACAAGGAGGCCGGGGAGAGGGCUCUCAAACACUUUCAGAAGAAACAUAAAGAGAAUGUCGUCUUCAUGGUGGUGGAUGUGACAGUCAAAGAGCAACUGGUAAAAGCGUUUACCAAGACCAAGGAGUGGUUCAAUGGUCUGGACAUAGUGUGCAACAAUGCCGGUGUGGCUAAUGAAGUAGACUGGAGAAAAUUGGUGGAGACAAAUAUGAUGGCCAUGAUAGAAGGAGUCCACUUGGCCAUCCAUCACAUGUCCACACGCAACGGGGGACAAGGCGGAGUGGUCAUCAACACAGCCUCUGUCGCAGGAUAUGUGCCCAACCCGUACGCACCCACCUACUGUGCCACCAAGCAUGCCAUUGUUGGCUACACUCGCUGCAAAAAGGACCUUGCGAAGAGUGAUGGUAUUCGUGUGAACUGCAUCUGCCCCGGGAUGGUCAACACGGCCAUGGUCAAGGACAUGUUCACUGACCAGUCCCCUCUCUCCAAAGAGGUGCAAGAGUACGUCAAGGCUACCAUGCUCAGUGCUGACCAAGUGGCUGUUGGAGUGCUCAAGUUGAUCCUGGACACAAGCAAGGCUGGAGCCAUCAUGGCCCUUACCUCUGAGUAUGGAGCCACCUUUCCAGAACUGCCAUCAAUGCCUCAAUGAACCUUUUAAAUUGUCGCAUUCACCAAUCAUGAUUUUAUACACUCAGGAUAAUGUUAUGCACCAUACCAAGAGUCCUAAUGAACUCUUGAUAAUACAAACUCCCUAAAGCUGAAUUCAUAAAUACACUUAAUGAUCUUUA